UUCUCGCGUGUGGCCAAGCCCUCCCUCCGCCACUACUCCUGUUGUCUUGAGAAACCCUCUUUCCAGAGUCUGCUUACCCCACCUUUCUUCUUGUAUGUAAACAAAUUUUGUUGCUUGUACUCCUUGUUGCCCUUCCUCUCAUUUUUUGCAUUGCAUACUUACUUUGCUUUUAAAUUUCAACCCUCGCACUAAGCUUUCUGCAUGCUAGUUCUUAGGGGCUUGACUUGUUUAUGCAAAUAGUAUCUCCUAUAUGUAGUAUUUUAAGGGGACGUGUAAAGACCAGUAACACUGAUCUGACUUGUUGGGCUUCUUAAUUUCUUUGAAAUACUCCUUUUCUUGUUGUAAUAAUUCUGGUCUGCUGUAAUAAUUGGAUUGGGGAAGAUCUUGCUUGUAAACUGCUUUCCUCCCCCUCCCUCCAAACCUGAUUGGGUAGUCUGAGGCUGAAGAGGAGGAUGCCAAGGAAAUUGCUGUUACCUUAUAGAUCUGUAUUUUCUCACCCUCGAGCUCCAAGGGGUUUGCAUGAUUCCUUGGCAAUGAACGCAGCCAGAAGUGGCUACCGAGUCUUCUCGGCAAACUCCACAGCGGCCUGCACAGAGCUGGCGAAGAAAAUCACUGAGCGACUUGGUGCUGAGCUUGGAAAAUCUGUGGUAUAUCAGGAAACCAAUGGAGAAACAAGGGUUGAAAUAAAAGAAUCGGUUCGAGGUCAGGAUGUGUUCAUUAUUCAGACAAUACCCAGAGAUGUGAACACUGCAGUGAUGGAACUGUUAAUCAUGGCUUAUGCACUGAGGACGUCCUGUGCCAAAAAUAUCAUUGGGGUAAUUCCCUACUUCCCCUACAGCAAACAAAGCAAGAUGAGGAAGAGAGGCUCUAUAGUCUGCAAACUCCUUGCUUCCAUGUUGGCCAAAGCGGGCUUAACACACAUCAUAACUAUGGAUCUUCAUCAAAAAGAAAUCCAGGGAUUUUUCAGCUUUCCUGUUGACAACCUGAGGGCUUCCCCUUUCUUGCUUCAGUAUAUACAAGAAGAGAUUCCUGAUUACAGAAAUGCAGUAAUUGUAGCAAAGAGUCCUGAUGCUGCUAAGAGGGCCCAGUCUUAUGCGGAGCGACUACGGUUAGGACUAGCGGUCAUCCAUGGGGAGGCUCAGUGCACAGAACAAGACAUGGAUGAUGGACGCCACUCUCCUCCAACAGUCAAAAAUACUACUCUGCACACUGGUCUGGAGCUACCCUUUAUGAUGGCCAAAGAGAAACCACCAAUAACAGUAGUUGGAGAUGUUGGAGGUAGAAUUGCCAUCAUUGUGGAUGACAUCAUUGAUGAUGUGGAAAGCUUUGUGGCCGCUGCAGAAAUCCUGAAAGAGCGUGGUGCUUAUAAGAUCUUCAUCAUGGCAACUCAUGGGCUUUUGUCUGCUGAUGCUCCACGUCUAAUUGAAGAGUCAUCAAUUGAUGAGGUGGUGGUCACCAAUACAGUUCCUCAUGAAGUGCAGAAACUGCAGUGUCCCAAGAUAAAGACUGUGGAUAUCAGUUUGAUCCUCUCUGAAGCCAUCCGCCGAAUCCACAAUGGGGAAUCCAUGGCUUACCUCUUCCGCAACAUUACCAUGGAUGAUUAGAUUCUCUU